UGGUUUCGAGGAGGAAAAGAACUUUCACGUGGUUUUAAAUUCGGUCAUUGCUGGGCGGUACCAUGUCACCGAGUACCUUGGAUCAGCAGCCUUCAGUAAAGCCAUACAAGCGCAUGACUUGCAGACAGGAAUGGACGUCUGUAUAAAGAUUAUAAAGAACAACAAAGACUUCUUUGACCAGAGUCUUGACGAGAUAAAACUUUUGAAGUAUGUCAACAAGCAUGAUCCUGCUGACAAAUACCAUCUUCUACGGUUGUAUGAUUACUUUUACUACCGGGAGCAUUUGCUAAUUGUAUGUGAACUUCUUAAGGCUAAUCUAUACGAAUUCCACAAAUUCAACAGAGAAUCAGGUGGUGAAGUUUACUUCACAAUGCCAAGAUUGCAGUCAAUCACUAUCCAGUGUCUCGAAUCACUUCAGUUUUUACAUGGCCUUGGACUUAUACACUGUGAUUUGAAGCCUGAGAACAUAUUGGUGAAAAGCUAUAGCAGAUGUGAAAUAAAAGUCAUUGACCUUGGAAGUAGCUGUUUCGAGACAGAUCACCUAUGCUCAUAUGUCCAGUCAAGGUCAUAUAGAGCACCAGAAGUCAUUUUGGGACUUCCUUACGAUAAAAAGAUAGAUGUAUGGUCUCUUGGGUGCAUUUUGGCUGAACUAUGUACAGGCAACGUUCUUUUCCAAAAUGAUUCUCCAAUUAAAUCGUUUAUGUGGAAAGUUGUGUCUGGUGGAAUUCCAGUUGCUGACAAAAUGGUAGCCAGAGGUUUGAAAGUGGACACACGAUGCCAAAGAUGUGGCAAUGAAGGAGAAUCCUCAAAUCAUGUCCUCUUCUCGUGUACGGUAGCAAGACAAAUUUGGGCUCUAUUCAAUUUCCCUUGCCCUGAAAAUGGGUUUGAUUCUCAGUCACUAUACCAGAACAUGUAUUACCUGCUAUUGGUUAGCAAAAAUCCAAAAGUACAGGUAGAAACCCGGAAAGCCUUCCCUUGGAUUCUCUGGCAAAUUUGGAAAAACAGGAAUCUUUUUUGUAUUGAAGGGAAAAGCUUCAGUCUUCCUGUCACGAUCAGCAAAAUUAGAGAAAAUGUGCAAGAAUGGAUUCAUGCUCAAGCUUUGAAUGAAGUUACGGCAGAGAAAAUGUGCAAGAAUGGAUUCAUGCUCAAGCUCUGA